AACCAAAAAAAAAAAAUCUAUCGUAAUAACACCAGCAAUCAGUAGCAAAGAAUCUCAAAGAACUUUAUACAAAUAAAUAAAAGCAUCCCGUGCCACAAAAAAAAAUAAAAAAAAAGUAAAAACAUAUAAAACAUGUCCUAUAGUACCAACUCGUUAGAGUAAAAGUUUUCUGUAGUGGAAAGGAUAAUUAUUGAUUAUUACAAUAAUAUUAUGGACAAGUGUAAAGCACUAACGGAACUUGAAAUAAGUAAGGUAGCAAAAUUAAUUUCACAGCUUCUGGAUCCAGUGACUUGCUUGGAAUGUUGUAAGUACUAUAAGGUACCCACUAUUUCCAAGUGUGGUCACAACCUAUGUCAAAGCUGUUGGCGAAAGAAUCCUGUAUGUCCAAUAUGUAAACUAAAGUUGGAUAGAAAAGGAUUAACAUUGAAUUUGCCUAAACAGAAAGUAACUGAAGAUAUCCUGAGGCUUGUAGAUGAGUUUGAGAAAUACUUUAGAAAGAACUUGGAUGAUUUUAUUUUUUCCAAGUGUGAUAAUAUUCAACAAUCAGUUCAAAAUAAAAAUGUUGAUGAAUGGUUGUCUAGCUCUCAAAAUAAAUUUUCUGCUCCAACAGUAGAUUCGCAAGAUUCAACUCAAGAAGUAAAUGCUUUUGUUAAUGUCAUUGUAGAAGAUAUUCAGAUCCACACAGAAAGUAAUAAAAUUAAAAAUAACAGUGUAAAAUCAUGCAAAAUGCAACAACAACAAGAUGAUUGGAAUAAAAUAGAGGUACUUGAAUCUGAAGAUUUUGUCACAAAGGAUAAAGAAAAUAUUGUAGGACCAAUGGAUAUAGAGCAAUGUGAUUAUUUGGCGGAUGAAGUUGAAUAUACUGUAGAAAACCCUCGUAGAAGUUCUAGAAAAAAUAUAGAAUUCAAAGAGAUGGAAUUGAAUAAAAUUCACAAUGAAAAAACCAUAUCAAAACCAUUGAAUAUUGUGAAAGCACAGAAUAAGAAAAAGAUAAAUUCUUCUGUUGAAACAUUUACAAAUAUGCGAAAUGCUCUACUAGUAGGAAAUAAUUUGGAUAAAAAUUGUGAUACUCAAAAUAAAAAAAUACAUACUUCAAUGAUAAAAGACAAAAUGCGAAUUAAUGAAAAUAUGCAAGACAGCCUAAUUAAAGAUAAUAUCGAUUCUGAAAAGGUUAUUUAUUCAAAUGAAAUUAAAAAUCAUACAAAUAAAAACAAUAUAGCUAGUAAUAUGCUUUCCCGAAAUAAGAUCACUACUGAAACUAAUACUUUAAAUACAGAUCCUAAUCGAAAGAAUGUGUUAUUUCAUAUGCAAAGUUCACUGUAUAGUAAAGUUAAAUAUAAUUCAGUGUUAACUGAUGCAGUAAAUGAUGGCAGUGAAAUAGAAACAGAACCUUUUCAUAAUGAUGAUAUUGAAUUAACUAUUAAAAUUGGUAACACUGUAACUAAUAUAAUGAUUAAGAAAAACAAAAAUAUACAGGUUAAUGUCAAUGCUGAUAAAGAAGUUCAAACAACACUUAGAGAAAGUAAUUUGGAUAAAGCUACUGUAGCAACUUCUCCAAUUAAAGAAUUUCUGGAAGACAAAGGUGAUACAGACAGAAUUGUUUAUAGUCAACCUUCAAAAAAUACUUUAAAUGGACGAAAGAUUGUUGAAGGAGUGUCACACUCCCUAAAAUCAGUAAGUGAUAAAAAGAACACUGCAUCAGCUAUCACUACUUCUGUACAAACUAUAGCUACAGAAAGUAUUGAAAAAGUGUUGUCAACUAUGAUGGAAAGUAGACAUGUACCAACAAAUCAGAAUCUUCAACAAUCAAAAACAAAUAAUGAUAUAAAUAAUACAAAAAGUUAUAUUGUUAAGGAAUGUGCUACUCAGUCACUUCAAUCAACAAAAAGUACUCCAUCUGCAAUUAUUUUGCCCUCAUAUAAACAUAGAACAAAAUCACAGUUGUGUACAGAAAAGAGAGGGAGGGAACUCCUGAACUCAGAACUUGAGCCAGAUAGUAAAAAACUAAGAGCGAAUAAUAUUGAAGCUCUUCCGAUGGAAUCUAAAAAAAUUGAACAAGAUAGUGAUAGUUAUGGUGUUAUCAUGAGUCAAGUGUUCACUCACGAUGAUGUUGAUAUGAAAGCUAAUAGUAAAAGAAAGAUUAUCAAUAAAAAUACUCAAAUACUAUCAGAUUGCAAAAGUUUAAAAGCUGAACUAGCACUGUCUCAGAGAACAAAACAAAAUACAGUUGAACUAUAUAGUCAAAAUUUAUUUACUAUUUCAGAAAAAGAUAUUGAUAUUGAAGCUAAAAAAACUCACACCCAGAAAAGUAUAGCUAGCCAUAAAGAACAUAAGACAGAUGCUAGCAAUAUGUCAGAUUGUGUUAUGGAGCCACAUGAACUGUGCACUCCACAGGACAACGAUUGUGAUUCUGACGAGAGCGUAGUGGAAGAAACUCCGCAAAAAAGUACAUCUUUUUCAAAGAAAAAAGUUGCAAGCAAUAAAGCAAUAGAUGAAAUAACAUCAAAUGAUGACAUUAUCUCACAAAACACUGUCAAACAGUUACAUCAGUUUCAACAGCCAUAUCAAAUAAGGAAUACAUCAACCAGUCAAAAUAUCACCGUAAUCACAAAUGUCAAAGACAGUCUGGAAACACCAUCGUCCAUCAGAAACUUUUCUGAUCAGAUUCAACACAAAUCUACACCUAAUGCCAGAAAAUCACUUAAUUUUAAAGAUAAUGUUGAGCGAAUAAAUGAUAGUAUUGAGAAAACAUUAUGUCCCAGUUUGGUUGAAAUUGUAUCAACGACCCAAGAGAAGGAAUUUAUGAGCAAAGCAUUUGAACAAAAUCAUAUGAUUCAGAGUAAAAGAAAUGACAAGGGUCUGAACUAUUUUGUCGCAGGUUCUUUCCUAUCUUCUGCUGAACUUGCUAAUACUCGAAUGCUGUGUGCUAGAAGGAAUUGGACAUAUCUUGAUAAAUAUAGCAACGAGUUAACACAUUUAGUUGUUGGCUCAAACGGAGAUAAAAAGGGACAACGAACAUUAAAGUUUAUGUGUGCAGUAGCAGCCUCUAAAUGGGUCGUGUCGUACGAAUGGGUAGAACAAUGUUUGAGCACCAACGAUUUCAUAGAAGAGGAGCCGUAUGAGAUGUUGGACGCGAUGGGUGAGCCCGGACCGAAGCGGUCGCGGCUCUCCAAAGUGAAACUGUUCAGCUCAAUAACAUUCUUCUGUAUGCCGCCGUUCUCCGUGCUGGACUCUGAUACUCUACAGGAAAUGUUAGAAGCUGCUGGUGGGAAAGUGGUGAAGGAUUUCAAGCAGAUACAGAACCCUCGAGUACCUUCGCUGGUCCUGGCCGAACCCGAGGACACCCAAGAUCAACGUUUCAUAGAUUUAGCGGAAAAAGCAAAGAUUGUCCCCGUAAAUUUUGAAUGGGUUCUCAACUGUAUCGGAAAGUACACAUUGGAUUCCAUACGAGACCUUUUGUUGUGUCCAGAAUCGUCGCUGCCACAGGCUGCCGCCACCUGGCUGGAAUCUUUCAUGUGACGACUUCUUAACCUGACCUCUGAGCUAGUAUAUGGCACACCUGGGUUUAAAUCUUGCUAGAUGAAAACGAAUUUGUUUGUUUCCGAAUAUUAAUUUCGCUAACAAAUUUCCAACAUCGCGGAAACGUUUAUCUUGUACAUAUUUUAUUCUUUGAACGAGUAUUGUGUUUACUCUCGGUGAACGUCCGCGUCGGUUUCGGUGGAUAUUAAAACCAAUGACGAUUCAUUUAUAAAUAAGAGUUUUAUAAAAAAAACAGAAAUGCGUUUAGCAAUAAAUAUACGUUCUGAACGUUAAAUUGUUUAUUGAAAUUUUAAAACGAUCGAUAUGGCUUUGAUUCAUCUUUUAACAUAUUUUUUGUUCAGAAUUUUAUUAGUAUUGUAAUGUCAUUUCAAGAGCUGGCCUCAUUUUUAUGGAAUUAAUAUUGAAAUGCGCAAUACUGUGUGAUGGCAAUCAACAUCAUUUUAAAACGUCAAAUAUUGGAAUUUUACUUGAGGUGUUUUUGCUCAACGACAAUAUAGACCUUAACGACAACCUCUCUAUAGGUACAUCAUUUUAUGGUCAUAAUAACUGUACAAGCAUGUCUGGUCAGCUCUAUACAAUUUAAGAUUCAUGCCGAGAUAAUAACGAGAGACUUCACCCAAUGGACCACUUGGAUGUUUGUUUUGAGUAAUAACAUGGGCUAUUAAAGCAUGGAAAAAGGUCUCUAUCCGUAGAUAAUAGAUUAUUUAAAUUAAAUAUGUAAAUGUAAUAUUUUUUGUAAUUUUAUGUGAUAAUUAUGUAGCAAGCAGGUACCCGCGACUUUGCCUGCGUAGCUUUCAGGGUAACGAUUCAAGUAAUGGCGCUACAGAAGCAGGCUAAAAAGUGUCAUGUAAAACUUUAAAUCUGGUUUGUACAGGCCAACUGCUAUUUCUUCGAAUAAUUAUUAACUUUAUUUUGUCCCUUGCUUUGACGGGUUUCGCCAUAAAAUUUCACAUGAAAGGGGUCUCAUCAAGGACGUGUCAUCUCGAGUCAAGGAAAUAAGACAAAUGAGACUUUUUAGCGAUGAAUUUAACAUAUUCAUUUAAAGUAGAAGCCGAGCGUUCGUGAAAAAAUUAAUUACUUUGUAUAUGAUAAAAAUAAAAACCAAAGACUUGGUUAUUUGAAUUUUUCACAUAAAUUUUGAGGUUAUGUGAAAAAAGUGUGAAGAUUAAAGUGGUAGAUCUUUUUUAACCUACAUCUUUACUAUUUACCUUUUUUCCAUAGGACUUGUAGUUUCGUCGCAAAUCAAAAUAAACGGGUUUUUACCUUUUUACAAAGAAGGGGGCCUUUUCCCGUUCCCGACCUCAGAUCGCCCGUAAUUUAUUUUUCCUUUCAUUUUUGUUAUAUUCUUUUCCUUUUCCAAUAGGUUUCAUCCUACUAUUUUUUUUUUGUUUCAAAAAUUAUCGACCCUGGUCUAGUAGGCCUGUGGUUGUCAUACAUAAAUAGACUUGGAUUAUUUGCUCGAUCUAACAAAAGCUUCAACUUCUGACUAAAAUAUUUUCUUUAUUUUAAACACUAUGAUUAAUGCAUCACAUCUUAAUGCGAUAGAGAUGUAAUAUUUUACACAUAUAUAAAAUCAUGAAAUUUAAAAAUAAAAUUCGGGUGUUUCGAGCACGAAGAGCACGCGUCAUCGGUGUUUGGCCGACGUCGGAGGUCGACGUUCCUAUCCGGAAAAACAAUUUAUAAUCUAUACAAAAUAUCCGCAUUAUGUACCUUUACUUUAAACAUUUUUUAUAAGAUCAGCCCCAGGUACCUUGUAUCCUUCAGAUCGUUAUAUCCUGCCAUAUCCAAAAUAAAUACAUCGGGUGAAAGAGCGAAUAAAAUAUAGUAUAGUCUCAUGUAAAGACACCGUGUACAGCGUUACAUUCUUAUCAGCUAUUUUAUGUAUGUAACAACUUUGUGAGAAAAGUGUAAUUCAGAUGUAAAAAGUAUAAAAAAGCAAAUCUAUUGACAAACUAAAUAAAUCGUAAGUUUAGAAAAUCCACAGUUAAAUUACAGACGCUACCUAUAUAAAUUAUAUAUAUUGUAAAUCCCGCGCAACGUUAUUGAUUCUCAGCGUCAUUUAAUUCCAAUCAUACGAAAGUAUUAUUUUCACCUACAUAUUUCAUACAUCAAGUUUUGUGCUAAGCGCCAUCUUGUGUCAGUAACAUGACACAACUACAGCACAUUCGAAACGCAUAAUAUAAGAACUAUACUAGCGGCACGCUAUGAUGGCCGUUUUGACAUAUUGUAAUAGUGAUGUAAAAUGUCAAUUUAUUCUCGAAAAUAGACAAUAAUGAACAGUAAUUUGCUCCUUCAAUGUAAUUAUUAGUUAAUACGAAACUUCAUGAGUAGACAAACUUUAAAACGGCCAUCAUAGCGUGCCGUAUGUAUAAAUUAUUUGUGUUACUUUCUGUUGCUCAACACUGUCGCUAUGUUCCCUACGAUAGCUUCAUUCGUAAUAAGAGAGCUGUAUCUCUGUUAAUACGUAAUUAUGUAUCCCUACUCUGUGAUUAGACUAUAUCCAACUGUUUUUGUAAUUUAAUCUGAUAAUAAAUAUACUAUAUACCUAUACAUGUACAUAGAAUUGUUAAUAUAACGUUAUGAACUA